GUAUACAUUUUGGUAAAUAAUAAUUAUUACAACUGUUGAACCAAAAAAAAAAAAGUUAUGACAAAUUGACAAUUAUGCAACUGUAAUUAAUUGUGCACCUAUCCUAUCACCAUAAGUUUUAAAUCUACUAUUAUCUCUUUUUUUUUUCUUUAACGCCACCUGUACUUUAUAUCUUUAUCUAAAGAAAACAAAAAUAAUUACUCUUGUUAGAUUUUAUUGUAUUAAUUCACUAAUACGAGAAAGGUAAAUAAAUAUAUAUAAGGGUGAAGAAACAAAACAAAACUCUUUUUCAACAAUUGUUUUUGCCAAAGUUUCUCACCAGUUUCCUCCUCUAUAACGGAUUCGAAAAUUUGAACUCGUUAAAGGCCUCUUCUUGCUAUCAACCUUUCUUUCUCGGAACCUCUGAAUCCUGCUUCUUCUUCGUCUUAUUCUCUGCAAUUUCCAGGAGAAGUUGUUUUCCCCUGAACCUUCUAUGGCUGCUAAGAAUUUCAGCUUGAACCCUUUUGAUGAUACUGAUGAUGAGAAGGAGGAGGCUGCUAAGAAUUUCAGUUUGAACCCUUUUGAUGAUGAUGAUGAUGAUGAUAAGGAGGUUGAGAAAACAUUCACUUCAUCGUUGAAGUUCUCGGAUGCAAAGGAGAACCACCAGACGGUUCAAGAACUUGAGAGCUACGCUGUGUACGAGUCUGAGGAAACAACCAAAACCGUAAAAGGGUGUUUGAAAGUUGCUGAAGAGAUUAGAUGUGAUGCUACUAAAACUUUGGUUAUGUUGAAUGACCAAGGAGAUCAAAUUACUAGAACACACCAUAAGGCGGUUGAUAUCGAUCAUCAUCUUAGUCGGGGUGAGAAGCUUCUUGGACGCCUUGGAGGCAUUUUUUCAAGGACUUGGAAGCCAAAGAAGACUCGUUCCAUAACUGGUCCUGUCAGAACUAGAGCAGGUGAUUCCCCUAAGAGAAGAGUUAUCAACUUAAAGACUAGGGAAAAUCUGGGACUGAACCAUUCACUCAAACCAAAAUCAAGAACACUUGCUGAAUCCGUUGAUGCUUAUCAGAAAACACAGAUGGAGAUUGCAAAGCAAGAUGAAGUCCUUUCCAACUUAAGCGAUCUUCUUGGCGAGCUGAAAAAUAUGGCAGUGGACAUGGGAACAGCAAUCGAAAGUGAAAACCAUGGACUAGAUCAUCUUCAAGACGAUGUUGAUGAGCUUAACUACAGAGUAAAGCAAUCGAACCAACGGGCUGGCCGUUUACUCCGGAAGUAAAAGUAGCCAGAACUCUGCUCAUAACCAAGCUUGUCAGCUUCUCCAUUCUUCUGAUGAAUUAGUUGCUUAAAGUCAAACAUAGAUUUCAAUAUUUUAGUUCUGAUAUUAAUGAAGUUGAAACAUUUAACAACUGCAGAAUACUGUAACAAGCAAAGACAGUAGUAGUUAAAACAUUUGAUUCCAAAGCUUCAGUAUGAAAUAAUGAAAUAACUUGAGUUUU